AUUUAAAGAAGUUUCAAAAUCUAGAGUUUUACAUAAAAAAAUAAUAGAAUCGAGUUGAAAAGUAAUUAAUCUUAACUUUCAGUGACAUCAUGAGGAACUUGAUUGUGUUUUUAAUUUUCGUUAAUUUUUCCAUCAUCUACUGCGAAGUAGAACAAAAAAUUAACAAGUGUGCAUCUGGAGAGUCAUGCAUACCUCAUUACGAGUGUGAAGCUGUCACAAAUAUUACUGCCAAAGGUCGGCUUACUCAGCAAGAACGAGCAUAUCUGAAAAGCAAACUUUGUAAUAAUAUUGACCGACUCAAUUACUUCUGCUGUGCCGGUGCUACACAAAAGGAAAAUCCAAAAAAACCAACAAACGUAAAUUUACCAGAGCCUCCAAACUGUGGAAUUUACUUUAGUGAUAAUAUUGUUGGCGGUCAAAAAACUUACAUAGAUGAAUAUCCAUGGUUUGCAUUGAUCGAAUACUCAUCAGGGGACAGAAAGAAAGGUCAUUAUUGUGGAGGAAGCUUGAUCAGCAAACAAUUUGUACUUACUGCUGCUCAUUGCAAUAACAACCUACCAACUGGUUGGAGAAUUUCACAUGUUAGACUCGGUGAAUGGGAUGUAAGAACAAAUCCUGAUUGUCAAUACUUUGAAAAUGAUGAAGAAAUGUGCAACGAUCCAUACGUCGAAAUUAGAGUUGCUCAAGUCAUUCAACAUCCGCAAUAUCAUCAAACAGGAGCUGCUCAAUACAAUGACAUUGCUUUAUUGAAGUUGGAGCGUGAAGUUCAAACGAAUGUAUGGAUCAAACCAAUUUGCUUGCCAAUAGACCAAAGUCUAAGAGACCUCGACUACACAGCACAAAGUUUGGAAGUUACUGGCUUCGGAAUGACUGAAACUGAUUUUAAGAGUGAUGUUAAAUUAAGGGUUGAUAUAGAUGUUGUUGCACAAAACGAAUGCAAACAGUUCUAUGGCUCUAAAGGUGUGGAUAUCAAAAAUACUCAAUUCUGUGCUCUUGGAAAGGACGGAAAAGACUCUUGCAACGGAGAUUCCGGUGGCCCACUUAUGAAGUUUAAGAAGUUCCCUAAUUCAAACAUUGCAUACUACAUGGCUGUUGGUUUAGUCUCAUUUGGUCCAAGCAAAUGUGGAUUGAAGGAUGCACCAGGCAUUUACACGCGCAUUUCAGAUUAUAUGGAUUGGAUCAUUGAAAAUACUAAUUAAUUUAGGACAAAUAAAAUUGAAAUAUACUAAUUUCUUGUAUAAAAAUCAUUAAAUGACCUUUAUUGAAUAAAUAAAAAAAUAUAAAUGGAA